CCAAGACCAAGUGCUCUCUGCGUCUAAGAACCAACUGCAGUCCGCGAAUCUCUUUGACUAAUAUACCAAACAACCUUACGUUCGCCUUUGCCUUUUGCCUGCGCCUACGCCAUCAGAUCCUGUCUUUUCUUCAUAAUCAGCCUCUUGACAAUUUGUCCUUCCGUCACUCAUUUCGCCUCCCUCUCCUCUUGCCACAAGGUUCCCCUCUCCCAUCCGAAACGUUUAUCUGAAGCAGCUGCUUGCGCUCUUCGGAUCCGUUCUACCGUCAUCUGGGUCUUGCUUGAGGCAAGGCCACUGUCACCAUUUCUCCUCACGCCGAGUUCCCAGACUCUGUAAAAGCCGGUAGCAAAAGAAAGGCUUCGUCAGAAGACCUCGCCCGGCCAGAAAAGAAAAUCAUGACGGACGCUGUGAUGGAAGUGGACAACCCUGGGGCUGCCAUUACGGAGCUCCAGAAUGGCGAAAUCGAUGAAUCCCUCUACAGCCGACAACUCUACGUCCUAGGCCACGAGGCUAUGAAGCGGAUGGGCGCCUCCAACGUGCUCAUCGUCGGGCUGAAGGGCCUCGGCGUGGAGAUCGCAAAGAACAUUGCUCUGGCCGGCGUCAAAUCUCUGACCCUGUUCGAUCCUAACCCUGUUGCGAUUGCAGACCUUUCCUCCCAAUUCUUCCUACGUCCCGAAGAUGUGGGCAAGCCCCGAGCAGAAGUGACUGCCCCACGUGUGGCCGAGCUCAAUUCGUACACUCCCGUUGCCGUCCACAAGGCCAAGACGUUGACCGAUAACUUGAGCCAACUCAAAAAAUUCCAAGUCGUCGUGCUCACAACAACAUCUCUGAAAGAUCAACUCACCAUCUCCGACUAUUGCCAUCAGAACGGCAUCUACCUGGUGAUCGCCGACACAUUUGGCCUCUUUGGCUACAUCUUCACCGACUUCGGGAAGGACUUCACUGUGGGCGACAUCACCGGAGAGAACCCAAUCAGUGGCAUUGUGGCAGAUAUUGAUGAAACUGGUCUGGUAUCAGCCCUGGACGAGACAAGACAUGGACUCGAAGACGGCGAUUACGUUGAGUUUGCAGAAAUCAGAGGAAUGGAAGCUCUCAAUGGAGCCCCUCCUCGAAAGAUCACUGUGAAGGGCCCGUACUCUUUCUCCAUUGGCGAUGUGUCGGGUCUGGGCAAAUAUGAAGGAGGCGGUCUUUUCGCCCAGGUCAAGAUGCCCAAGGUCCUUCAGUUCCAAUCACUGUCGGAACAGAUCAAGAAGCCGGAGUUUCUCAUAUCGGAUUUUGCUAAGUUUGACCGGCCCGCACAACUCCAUGUUGGCAUUCAGGCUCUCCAUGCGUUCAAAGAAAACAAGGGCUACCUACCUCGUCCGCAUAACGAGGAGGAUGGAAAGGAAAUCCUAGAAAUUACGAAGAAGAUGGCAAAGGAGAGUGCCGAAGAGGUCGAGAUCGAUGAGAAGUUGAUCACCGAGUUGAGUUAUCAAGCGCAGGGUGAUCUCAGUCCCAUGGCUGCGUUCUUUGGUGGUCUCACUGCGCAGGAAGUGCUGAAGGCGGUUUCCGGAAAGUUCACACCAGUCGUACAGUGGAUGUACUUCGAUUCGCUCGAAUCCCUACCUUCUUCUGUGAACCGAAACGAGGAACUUUGCAAGCCCACGGGUUCGCGAUAUGAUGGCCAGGUUGCGGUCUUCGGCAAGGAGUUUCAAGAGAAGAUCUCCAACGUGAAGAACUUCCUGGUUGGCGCUGGCGCCAUUGGAUGUGAGAUGCUCAAGAACUACGCAAUGAUCGGUCUGGGUACUGGUCCCAAUGGUCACAUCACAGUCACAGAUAACGAUUCCAUCGAAAAGAGCAAUCUCAACCGCCAGUUCCUGUUCCGAGCCAAGGAUGUUGGAAAACAGAAGAGCGAGGUUGCAGCUGCGGCCGCUCAGGCAAUGAACCCCGACCUCAAGGGGAAAAUCACGACCAUGACGGACCGCAUCGGCCCUGACAGCGAAGACAUCUUCAACGAGGCGUUCUGGAACCAGCUUGAUAUCGUCACAAAUGCUCUUGACAACGUCGAGGCACGUACGUAUGUCGAUCGACGAUGCGUUUUCUUCAUGAAACCACUUCUGGAAAGUGGCACUCUUGGAACAAAGGGCAAUACCCAAGUCAUUCUCCCGCGCCUGACCGAGUCGUAUUCUAGCUCGCAAGAUCCGCCUGAACAAUCUUUCCCCAUGUGCACUCUCCGAAGCUUCCCCAACAAGAUUGAACACACCAUCGCUUGGGCUCGAGACCUGUUCCAGUCCUAUUUUGUGGGACCGCCGGAGACUGUCAACCUUUACAUGACACAACCCGACUACAUCAAUACCACGCUGAGGCAGCAAGGCAACGAGAAGAUGAUCCUUGACAGCCUCAAAGAGUUCUUGGUCACUGACAAGCCAAGCGAUUUCAAUGACUGUAUUGCCUGGGCCCGGAUGCAAUUCGAGAAGCAAUUUCACAACGCCAUUGCCCAGUUGCUCUACAACUUCCCCAAAGACUCGAAGACAUCAAGCGGGGCCGACUUCUGGUCUGGACCAAAACGUGCCCCAACGCCCCUCAACUUUGAUCCUUCAGACGAGACACAUAUGGGAUUCGUUGUCCAUGGGGCAGCCCUCCACGCUUUCAACUAUGGCAUUCCUGUUCCUCAGCUCAAAUAUGAAGACUACGUAAAAGUUCUAGACAGCAUGAUCAUUCCCGAGUUCAAGCCAGAUGCGAAUGUGAAAAUCCAGACCGACGAGAAGGAGCCAGACCCCAAUGGACCGGCACCGACGUUUGCGGAUGAUGCGGAAGAGUUGGACAAGAUUGUGGCCCAGUUGCCCACGCCCAAGAGUCUGCCUGGAUUCCGGCUCAAUGUUGUCGAGUUUGAGAAGGACGACGACACAAAUCACCACAUUGACUUCAUCACUGCUGCGAGCAACCUCCGCGCCAUGAACUAUAACAUCCCAAUUGCCGACCGUCACAAGACGAAGUUCAUUGCGGGCAAGAUUAUUCCCGCCAUUGCCACCACCACUGCACUCGUUACUGGGCUGGUGAUCCUGGAGCUGUUCAAGGUCGUGGAUGGCAAAACCGAUCUCGAGCAGUACAAGAACGGCUUCGUCAACCUUGCAUUACCGUUCUUUGGAUUCAGUGAACCGAUCGCCAGUCCCAAGGGCACAUACCAAGGCAAGGAGGGCGAAGUGACCAUCGACAAGCUCUGGGACCGCUUUGAGAUCGAAGACUUUACUCUGACUGAAUUUUUGGCACAUUUUGACAACCUUGGGCUGAGCGUGACGAUGGUGAGCUCUGGGGUCAGCUUGCUGUACGCCAGUUUCUACCCGCCCAGCAAGACCAAAGAUCGCCUGCCGCUCAAGAUGAGCAAAUUGCUCGAGACAAUCAGUCGCAAACCGAUCCCAGACCACCAGAAGAACAUCAUCUUUGAGAUUACUGCCGAGGAUACAACCGAAGAGGAUGUUGAGAUUCCUUAUGUGAUGGUGAAGUACAAGCUGGACUAAGGUCGAAGUUGAAGCUGAAGCUCAAUCACUUCCUUCACCCGUGGGAGUUUGAUAGCAAGAUUGAGGGGGCGUUUGGAAGCAUUGGCGCAUCUAGAAAUCUUGGCCAUGCUCCUGGUGUGAGGCAUCGGAUAGAACUUGAUUCUCUCACCUCUGUACCACGACUACAAGAAAGUACCUUUACGGUGGACAUUGUAUGACUGGACAAUGCCUAGGUGGCCAAUAUGAAGUAUUUGAGAAACAAAGCAUGGACUCGCUAGAUCUGCUGUAGCCGUAAGGGGAAGUCCCUAUUGCCGCAUGUUGGUAGCUGUCUUACUGCAUCUUUAGUCAGGAUAC